UAAAACAGAAAUUGUAUGUAACCUUAGAUAUAUUUCUCUUUAGUGACAUAAGCUUUUAAUUAGUUAACGUAACUGUUAGGUUUGUUUAUUCAUUAGCUUAAUAAGUGUAUAAUCGAUCCAAUAUUUAUUUACUCCUGACUAAAUAUAGAGGUAACACAUCUGGAUGCUGAUACCCUUCAUAGGACAACACAUGUGGCCCCUCUGACAUCCUGGUCCCAUUUAGUGUCUGUGAGUCUCCAGUGGUACUGAAACCAUGUCCGGUCAGACUGGAGUGACGCCCUCGCUACGUUUCGGCCAGGUGGUCAUUGGCCCCCCGGGCUCUGGGAAAACCACUUACUGCCGAGGCAUGCAGGAGUUCCUUACUCACCUGGGACGCAAGGUGGUUGUGGUGAACAUGGACCCUGCCAACGAAGUACUACCAUAUUCCUGUGCGGUAGAUAUCUCACAGCUGGUGACUUUGGACGAUGUCAUGGAGGGCUUGAAGCUGGGGCCCAACGGCGGCCUGCUCUACUGUAUGGAGUAUGUUGAAGCAAAUCUGGACUGGUUAGAGAACAAGCUUAAACAACACAGUGACUGUUACUUCUUGUUUGACUGUCCUGGACAAGUGGAGCUCUACACCCACCAGAGUUCAGUAAAGAAUAUAUUCUCACAGCUGGCCAAGUGGAACUUCAGGCUGACAGCAGUGCACCUUGUGGACUCUCACUACUGCGCUGACCCAGCCAAGUUCAUCUCUGUGCUAUGUACCUCCCUGUCCACCAUGCUGCACGUGGAGCUUCCCCAUGUUAACGUCCUCUCCAAGAUGGACCUGAUUGAGCAGUAUGGCAAACUGGCCUUCAACCUUGACUUCUACACAGAGGUCAUGGACCUGACAUAUCUUCUCGAUCACCUAGCUGCAGACCCCUUCUUUAGAAAAUUCCACCGUCUAAAUGAAAAGUUGGCAGAGGUUAUACAAGAUUACAGCCUUGUCUCCUUCGUUCCUCUCAAUGUACAGGACAAAGACAGCAUGAUUCAUGUCUUACGAGCAGUGGACAACGCCAAUGGCUACUGCUUUGGAGACCUGGAGGAAAGGAAUCUGCAGGCCAUGAUGUCAGCUGCUGUGGGGGCAGACUUCCAGUUCGACUCUACUCUUGGAGUACAAGAGCGGUACGUUGAAACCAACGGAAAGACAGUGGAGGAGGAAGUGAUGGAUCUGUAAAUUGAAAAGUCCAAAUAACAGGGCAAAACUGGUUGUCUUUUUAGCACCAGUAUACCAGGGGAGUCUUGGCAACAUCCAUCUCACUUGGCCUGAAUUCUUAGCCUCACUACAAAAGCAGUGGAGAGAUGGGAACUAAAUCUGGGUGCUGUAGAUGCUUCAAGGUUGUACCACACCUCCAUAAAGAAUCACAACAAGGACGACAGAAGGGAGUAAAUGCCAAGCUUUUCUUCAGUUACCAAUGAGAGUGGUGUAAUUAUUCAUAUUUCUCCACUGCUGUCUCUAUAGAUGACAACAAGACAUAAAAGACGAUACAUUUUCUUAUAAUGAUGAUGUAAAUACCCUCAUUUAGUUUUUUUUGUUAGAUGUUUACGGCCCCUAUUUUGGAGAAAAGGGGACAUUUCCAUGUUAAGGGCAACAGUCUGUAAAGUCAUAUCUCUGAAACAAUAAAAGGACUUCAAUU